AUGUUGAGACUUCUUCCCCCACGGCUGAAACACAGUUGGUGUGACAGUCUUGUACAUUCGAAAGGGGGGGCGCCCUGGAGGAAGCGGCUCUACAGUAGCGACAGCGGCGGUGAAAGCGGCGGUGACGGCGGCAGUGGCAGGGGCAGGGUUAGCGGCAGCGGCAGUGUGGCACGCUGCAAGGACGAAGGCGCGGGGGAGCUGCACAAAUACGUAUGCGUCGUGCCGUACAAGAACGACAACGUCCUGUCGCUGGAGGAAACGUAUGACGCCAAAUAUCCCCACGUGGUUAGCGAAAACAGCAUUGAGGUGGAGUCCAAUUUGAAAUACAUAUACAAGUUGCUACUAACCAGUCGAACAGUGGAACAAAUUCGCUUGCUGAUACACAACUCGUACUGCGCAUACGAAAAUAAUUUCAUAAAUGACGUGAGGAACAUUAACUGGUCUGCGUACAUCCCCUUCAGCAGUGUGUUCACGGAACCCCAAAUAAAUGUGAAGACCAUAAAGUCAAGGCUGUUCCACACAUGCAUGAUCAAAAAUAUCAUCCUAAACGUGAUUAAAAAACAGCAGCAAGUGUAUAUAGAAAAAAACGGAGAUGAAAAUAUUUUUUUGAAGAAGAAAAAACUGACUGCGUCCUCUCUCCAGCCGCUAAAAAUACAUGUCCUUUUCCGUUACAACGAAUUAAAAAUCAGUGUAAACAUAAGUAAUGACUUAAACAAACGCUUGUACAUUGCACACAAAAAUGAGAACUCAUUAAAAAGCACAAUCAUAGCUUCAGCAUUGUUCAAAAUAAAUAUUUUUAAUUAUACCAAUGGAGGAAAAAAUUUAUUUCUUGUUGAUCCCUUUUGUAAUGAUGGCAGCAUAAUUUUGGAAAUAUUUUCCAUUUUAAUGACUGCCCCUUGUGGCUCCCCCAGUAUUAACUACCCCAUUUUGUCAUUUCCUAUGCAUUCCCCUUUUACAUUUUUCGAAGCUUUAAAUGAAGUGAACAUGACUCCAGGGAAGUUCACCAACCGAGUGUUCCUCCUUGGGGUUGACGAAUGUAAGGAUCACAUAAGACAAGCUAAUGCAAAUUUGAAGAGGCUCUUCUUGACCAUACCACGUUGUGUUAAUGAGGAUGAUGUACAGGUGGGGGGAAAUGUCCCUUUUUUGUCCAGAGAAGGGGUAGACAAAUCGGUUCGAAGUGGGAAAGGGGGAGUAGGGAAAAGUGGAGGAGAGUCUCCUUCAAUAGGGGGGGAUGUUGCUUCCCAUUUCUGUACGCUGGGCACACACGAACUGAACGCGUUGUUCCCCAGUGAUGGGAUAUUGCAAAAACGAAGCGACAACCUCGCCAUGUCGAGGAGGAUAAAAUUUCUAUGCAUGGACUUUCUCAAACUAAACAGUGUCAUCGAAAACUGUGUUAUCAUUACAAGCAUA